GUUACAAAGCAUGCUAUUCAUUUUCUUAAAGCUGUUCCAUGUUUCCGAACCUGCGCGACAAUGUUGGUCGCCUUCUUCCUCGUUUCCUCCUUCACAAAUCUUUUCACCUCUCUCGUUCUGUCCAAUGGAAGCUUCGGGACGAAUGCAAGCUUCCUCCGACCGAAUUGGUCGACCGAAUCUGUCGCCUCCUCGUUCUCCACCGUUUCCACGCUCUCCAGCAACUGUCCUUCCACUUUUCCGAUCAGCUCAUGGACUCUGUUCUCCGAAGGCUCAAACUUAACCCCAUUGCGUGUUUGAAAUUCUUUGAAAUCGCUUGCAAGCAGCAGAGUUACAGACCCGAUGUCGAGUCUUACUGCAAGAUUAUUCACAUACUGGCUAGAGCUCGAAUGUACGACGAGACAAGGGUGUUCUUGAGCGAACUGGUGAUGAGUCCUUGUAAGAAUAAUUUUGUUUGGGAUGAGAUUGUUGCGGUUUAUCGUGAGUUCUCGUUUUCUCCAACUGUCUUUGAUAUGAUUUUGAAGAUGUAUGCGGAGAAGGGCAUGACAAACUAUGCCUUACAUGUGCUCGAUAAUAUGGGCAAGUGGGGUCGUAUCCCCAGUUUGAGGUCCUGCAAUUGCUUGUUGAGUAAGUUGGUUAAGAAUGGUGAGUGUAGCACGGCGUUACUCGUUUUUGAUCAGAUUACGAGGUUGAAUAUUGUGCCUGAUGUUUAUAUGUGUACAAUUAUGGUGAAUGCUUAUUGUGAGGAAGGCAGAGUGGCGAGAGCUUUAAGUUUUAUGGAAGAGAUGGAGAGGAAGAUGGGAUUUGAACCAAACGUUGUGACUUACAACGGUUUGAUUCAUGGGCAUGUAAACCACGGAGACAUAGAAGGGGCAGAAAAAGUAUUGAGUUUGAUGUCUAAAAGGGGCAUUCAAAGAAAUGUGGUUUCUCUUACCUUGUUGAUAAAAGGUUACUGUAACAAAUCCAUGAUGAAUGAAGCAGAGAAUGUGCUUCAAGACAUAGAGGAGGAUGACUUACUUGUAGUGGAUGAACGUGUGUAUGGCGUACUAGUGGAUGGGUAUUGUGAAAUGGGCAAAAUGGAUGACGCCAUUAAGAUCCGAGAUAAGAUGUUAGAAAAAGGCUUGAAAAUGAAUAUAUUUAUUUGCAACUCUUUGAUCAAGGGGUACUGCAAGCACGGUCAAGUUUUCAAAGCUGAGGAAAUCUUUAGGCAAAUACUGGAUUGGAAUCUAAGGCGAGAUUCUUAUAGCUAUAACACAUUACUAGACGGAUAUUGCAGGGAAGGACAUAUAAGCAAGGCUUUUAUGCUUUAUGAGGAGAUGUUGAGAGAAGGCAUUGAUCCACCAGUUGUCACUUACAAUAUUAUUCUGAUGGGGUUAAGUCGUGCUGGUUCUUAUGAUGAUGCUUUGUGCCUUUGGCAUUCAAUGCUCCAAAGGGGUGUAACUCCAAAUGAGGUCAGUUAUUGUACUCUGCUUCAUUGCUUCUUUGAAAUGGGAGACUCAGAUAGGGCUAUGAUGCUAUGGAAAGACAUCUUAGGAAGGGGAUUUGCCAAGAGCAAAGUUGGUUUCAAUACAGUGAUCAGUGGAUUAUGUAAGAUGGGUAAAGUGGUGGAAGCAGAGGCAGUUUUUGACAGGAUGAAGGAGCUUGGAUGUUCACCAGAUGAAAUGACAUAUAGGACUCUGAGUGAUGGGUAUUGUAAGAUUGGUAAUGUUAUAGAAGCUUUUAAAAUUAAGGAUGUGAUGGAAAGACAAGAACUUUCUCCUUCCAUUGAAAUGUAUAAUUCUCUUCUUAAUGGACUUUUCAAGUCGAGGAGGUCAACCAAAGUCAUUGAUCUCCUUGCUGAGAUGCAGAGCAGAGGAUUAUCUCCUAAUCUUAUCACCUAUGGAACCCUUAUUGCUGGUUGGUGCAACGAAGGUAUAUUGGAUAAAGCCUUCAGUGUAUAUUUUGAGAUGAUUAAUAGGGGAUUCUCUCCCAAUUUGGUUGUCUGCAGCAAAAUUGUCAGUAGCCUUUAUAAGCUUGGUAGAAUCAAUGAAGCGACUCUCCUCCUGGACAAGAUGGUAGAUUUUGACCUUCUUACUGUUCAUAAUUGCUCUACAAAAUUUCUCAAAGCUGAUGUCAUUAGUAUAGAAACCGAGAAAAUUGCUGAUUCUCUUGAUAGAAGUUUUAUAAGCAAUCAUCUUCCCAAACCCAAUAAUGUCAUGCACAACAUAACUAUAGCAGGACUUUGCAAGUCUGGGAAGGUUGAGGAAGCAAGAAAUGUUUUAUCUGCUUGGUUACUGAGAGAUUUUCUUCCAGAUAAUUUCACAUACGGUCCCUUAAUUCAUGCCUACUCAGUUGAUGGCAAUGUGAAUGAAGCUUUCAACUUAAGAAAUGAGAUGCAGGAGAGAGGUCUUGUUCCAAAUAUUACUACGUAUAACGCAUUAAUAAAUGGGCUGUGGAAGUCAGGAAAUAUGGAUAGAGCACAGAGGCUUUUCUGGAAGCUUCCUCAAAAAGGGUUGGUUCCUAAUGUCGUUACUUAUAAAAUAAUGAUGAAUGGGUACUGCAGAACUGGUGAUUUUACUGAAGCCACUAAAUUGAGGGAAAAGAUGGUUGAAGAAGGGAUUUGUUAAUCACAUGCAUCGCCUUGAUGGGUUACUUUGGCAUAAUCUCAAGCUUUGGAUCAGGGUAUUCUGCCAGGUUAUAUCAUUUGGUUCUUUUAUCCAUCCUUCCAUUGCGCUAAUGGCAGAGGAGUCUCAAUCAUAAUGUUCAUCAGGAAGAAAAUGUUAAAGUGCUUCAUGAAGACUCUACAGAAUUGAAGAAGGGCAUUUCCUUGCCAGGAAACAACAGAUCAAAGAUUAACAAUGACUGGAACUUCCAUACAGAAUUUGUCUGCUGCUGCAACUGCUUAAAAAAUGGUACCUCAAUUUCAUCUGUGCCUGCUCAAAUAUGUAGGAAUCAUGAUUUUUCAACAAGUGCAGACGUUGUAUUUGAAUAGUUCAUAUCGUUCCAGCAAUAAAUGUACAAAAAGAAUGUAUUUAAGAAUGAGGAGAUUCAUGAAGAUUUGGGAAGACAUGGUUGCUGCUGUUUUGCAAGACUUGUCAACGAACAUUUUGACUCAACAGCUUAAGCUAAUUUGUGAUGAUCGCAAGGGGUUUUCAUUAAUAUCUCUAGUGUGCUCCCUCAAGCAGAAGCCCUUUGAGCUUGAAAUGUGGACAAUGCACUGGCUCACCAUGCCUCGACUGAAACUUAAUUUUAAUUAACGAGGGAGGCAAAAAGAUCAAACUUUGACUAUUGGCUCAGAGAGGUUUUAUUCCAUGUCAAGGACCAUUUAAACUUACAAGGGCAACUACGUCUACUUUCACAACUUCAGUACCAAGCUACAAAGGCUAUUUUUGUUAUUAGUGGACUGAAUAUUGUUUUGGUUUUUGUUCUCUUGGCAGCACCCUUCAUGUCUCUCUUGUCGCCAUCAAAGAUGAGCCCAGUCUAUUCUCCAAGUUGGCAAGAUAGUAGAUUAGACUUUUCAGUUUUCAAAAACUGUGCAUCAUUAGCUGCACACAAGUCUAUAAUGUAAAAAUCAUAUCAAUUACGUUUUUAGACUCUUUUUGACUUGUUUGUAAUCACACGGUCUUGACCUUGGCCAUAUCAAUUCAAAAAGAAAGCCAUAUCCAUUAUUACA